GACGGGCUCGCGAAGCGGAGGCCGGCCCCGCCCCCUCCCAAAGAGCAUGCGCAGUAGGGAACGCUUUCGAGGCGGUGUUAUUAUCAUCAUGGAUACAACUGAACGGUGUACGAAUUUCAUAAAGCAAUACAAAAAGUGCAAUACCUCUGCAGCGUCUCAGGGGCCGUGGAAGCCCGUCCAGCUGCUGGGAUUUGCAGGCUGAGCCUAUUAUUGGCUUGCCUGUUUAUUUCGUAACAAAUUAGGCGCCGCUUAAUUGCAAGGAAACAUCGGGGCGGUUUGCAAAAAGAUAAAACGGCAACAUCGACGAAAAGAAUCACGACCCUCCGUUUAAAAUAUGGCAAAGUUAAAAUAGUGAGCCUGGGCGACGUUCACCUGGAUUCAGAUUUUGUCAAAAAGAGCAACGCGAAGGCGCCUGCGGGCGGGGCAGCUCCAGAGGCAGGGAGUUCCACAGCGCCCGCGAUGCCCCUCGACCUCCGGUAGGCGGGAAGCCGCUGGCUGCUCCCUCCCCCGGGAGGACGGGGGCGCGGGGAGGGGGUCGCCGCCCUCGAAGGGCCCCGGGCACCAGGGUCCUGCAGCGAGACCGGCCCAAGUGGCGCUGCUCCUGGAGACCCGCUGGAACGCCCUGCCUACGGAUUGCCGGGCGGCGUGGGAGCAGUCUCCUCGGGGCAGAGGUCCCUCCGGUGCGCGUGGGCCGCUUGCCCGAGCGCCCCGCUCUCCCCCAACCCCGCCUGGCUGGCAGCCCCAUCGCGGUGCCCUUUGGGCGCCUGCCGAAGACCUCCUUGUUUAGGCAUGAUGAAGCGUUCCAUAUUUUUAUGCUGUAUUGUUUUUAACACUUGAUUAGAUGCCGCCCAGAGUGGCUGGGGAAACUCAGCCAGAUGGGCGGGGUAUAAAUAAAAAAUAUUACUAUUAUUAUUAUUAUUAUAUGAUCUAGUCUUUCCCGUUGUGCUUUUACUUUGGCAGGCCGUUAGAAGCACGGCUGGUAAAUGUUUCGGUGCUUUUACUGUUUGUUUUGGUAAACCUUUGCUUCGAGGGUUUCCUCUCCCUACAAGCCAGCAACUCCUAAAUUACAUGGCAUUGGUAAUAAACGCAUCCAAGCGGGGCAGGGGGCGGGUGUCCUGCUUUAGAGCUACGGGGGCCAGUUGCAGGCCGGGUGGGCUUCUUGCAAGGGGGGCAAUUGGAGGGGUCGCUUCGCCCUGGCACUGUAAUAAUAAGUUUUAUUUAUACCCCACCCUUCCCAGCCAAGACCGGGCUCAGGGCGGCUAACACCAGGUAUUAAAACAAUUGAUUAAAAUACAACAUAAAAACAAGAUUAAAAUACAGUACAUGGCAUUGGUAAUAAACGCAUCCAAGCGGGGCAGGGGGCGGGUGUCCUGCUUUAGGGCUACGGGGGGCAGUUGCAGGCCGGGUGGGCUUCUUGCAAGGGCGGCAAUCGGAGGGGUCGCUUCGCCCUGGCAUCCAAGCGAGCGAGCCUCCGCCCCGAAGGUGUUGCAGGCAGAGCCCUGCCAGCCCCGCGCAGCCGGCCAGAGAGGAGGCAGCGCGGGGCUUGGCCGAGCAGGGAAGGGUCGGCGGCGCUCUUUCCCUGCGGCUUCUCUAUGGCGGAAGCGCCUCCACACAGGAAAGCAGAGUCCCUCGAGCUUCCGGAGAGGGAAGCCGGGGCUCGCCUUCCCUUCUGCCCGGGAAACCGGAGCGAGGCGGAGGUUCCCCUCGACGGGGCGGGGGAAGGUAAGCUGUGUAGCUUUAUUGCACCUUCGAGAAAACGGUUCGAAGAUGAUGGUGAAGAAUUAUAUUUAUUGUUAUAUUUCUAAUAAUAAUACAUGUAAUAAUAAGUUUUAUUUAUACCCCGCCCUCCCCAGCCAACUCAGAGCUGCUAACACCAGGUAUAAAAGCAAUUGAUUAAAAUACAACAUAAAAAAAGAUUAAAAUACAAGAUUAAAAUGCAGCUUCAAUUCAGUAGAAACUCAAAUCAAAAACUUUUUGGGGAUGGAAACGUCAAAUCUUCACCAAGGCCAACUUUCUAGACUGGUCCUACAUUCGUUUAUUGCAAUUACUUGCAUCCUGCUUUUCAGGAUACAAACCUUUCCACAGCAACUUACAAGUACAGUGGUACCUCGGGAUGCGAACGGGAUCCGUUCCGGAGCCCCGUUCACAUCCAGAAGCAAACGUAACUAGCAACGGCACGUCUGCGCGCGCGUCGCUUUUCGCUGCUUCUGCGCAUGCGCGUGACGUCAUUUUGAGCGUAUGCAUGAGUGGUGAAACCCGGAAGUAACGCACUCCGUUACUUCCGGGUUGCCACGGAGGGCAACUCGAACGCACUCAACAUGAAGUAUAUUCAACCCGAGGUAUGACUGUAACAUGAAAACACGUUUAACACACACACGCAACAGAACAAUACCAAUAUAUAAAAUGGCUCUCUUUUGAUUUGUGUCUGUUGUUAUAGUUGCUCUCUCUGUGUUAUAGGUAUUAUAGAAGAUCUUCCCCAUAUGGCAGCUGCUGGUGGAAGGGCCUUGGCUGAGGCGGUGCAACCAGAGCAGCCUUUUGCACGUCCUUGUGUCCCUUUCUUGAGAUAAAACGGGCACCCAGGCAACCGUUAUUUUGGCACCAAACAGUUGUCCCUGCCAUCAUUUGCCUCGGGAGGGCUGUGCCUUGUUGCAACCAUUUAUUCUGCAAUAUUCUGCUCUUACCGAUUUAAAGGACAAGGAUUGUGCAGUGUUUCGAUGAUGAAAAGCAUAAUCCUCUGAAUUGGAGAAAUCAAGAGAUAUAUUGCCGCACCGGCAGCAUCUCUCUUCUUUCUCGCAUCCAAAAAUGCAAGAAGGGCUUUUACACCCGCCAGAAGCUCGGCUCUGCCCUCGCCGAUCAUGGAAGGAUCCUUUAAAAAAGUCCCUUAUGCUCAGAGACUUUGUGCUUGUUCAUUGUUGGGGUAUAGGAAGCCCAGAGCACUUGUUCUUUAGAUGUCCCUCUUAUGAAGAGGCACCUAGUGAGACCAUUGAUCCCCUGCUGGUGAGGCUCGCUGACCUCCCGGAAAAACAAAAAUUUGACCUUUUCCUGUUAGGCAAAGAUCAUAAGACGACCGAGAUGGUCGCCAGAUUCUGUGUACAGAUCUGUAGGCGCAGACCAUCCCACAACCCAAACUAGUUCGUUAAUAAAAUCCCCAAACUCGGUUCCAUGGGUGACUCUGGGUCAUCUCUCUGCGGUAGACUUUUAAGUGUCUAUACGCUGAUUGCAUUUAUAAAAUUUUAAUUUAUUGUUGUACAUUGUUUUAAAUGUUUGCUUUCCUUCUGGGAUUGUACCCCCAAGUGUGUUUUGUAAGCUGGUCUACGACCGUAAUAAAUUAUCUAUCUAAUCCUCUGAGCAUGUGCAAUUGCACAGGUCAAAAUAUGCUUGCACAUUAGAAGCAAGAUGCACUUGUACACCCAGCUGGUAGGUUUAACUUCCAUUGACAAUGGAAAGGGAGCUAAAUUCUGAAAGACAACUCUAGAAACUCACACUAACACGCAUUUAGCAAAACAUCCCCAAAACAUUGACUGACACUAGAAAAUCACAACUGUUAGAACACAGUGUUAUAAGAUUGGGGUGGGGGAUAGUCUGCAUGUCAUCUUAGAUGGGAUCCUGCAGGAAAAGAGACUGGUUAUUUUUAUUUUAGAAGUUUUUUGCAUAGAAUAUUAAUUGCAUUCAUCCAUAACAAUUUCACUAUUUUUUUUAGGGGUUCUUCCAACCCCGACUUCCCUCCAACCUUUCCCCGGUUUCAAAUAUUUAGCUCUUCUCUUUUCUGGAACUAAAUAUUUUUAUCCAAUCUAUUAAAUCUCCUUUUUCAAUACUCUUUAUCAAUUAUAUUACAAGUGCUAAUCCAAUCCUGACGUUUUUAAAUAUUUGCAAUGCUCCUUCAUAUAUUCUAUAAAAUUAAUCCAUUCAUUUCUAAAAAAUUUAUCUUCUUAAUGUCUGAUCUUCCCAGUCAAUUUCGCCAUUUCUGCACAGUCCAUCAAUUUUGAUAUCCAUUCUUCUUUCAAUGGGGUUCUUUCUUCCUUCCAACCCUGGGCAUAUAACAUUCUUGCUACUGUCGUCGCAUACAUAAAAACGGCCUUUUUUCCUUCCAUAAUCUCUUCUCCUGUUAUACUUAAUAAGAAAGCCUCUGUUUUUUUAACAAAAGUUAUUUUAAACAUUUUUUUUAUCUCAUUAUAAAUCAUUUCCAAAAGGCUUUUGCUGACUUACAGGUCCACCACAUAUGAUAAAAUGUACCCUCAUUCUCUUUGCACUUCCAAAAUACAUUAGACAUACAUUAGACAUUUUUAAAUACAUUUUUGCAAGUCUUGUCAGCACCAAGUACUAUCGGUACAUCAUUUUCAUACAAUUUUCUUUUAACGAACAGCAAGUAGUAAAUCGUAAAUCCACUUUCCGUAACUUUCCCCAUGACUCAAAUUGUAUAUUAUGACCCACGUCUUUUGCCCAAUGUAUCAUUGCUAAUUUUACUUCUUCAUCUUUUGUCUCUCAUGAGCAUGAGACUUUUAAUCUUGGGGUUAUGGGUUUGAGCCCUAUGUUGGGCAAACGAUUCCUGCAAUCCAGGGGGUUGGACUACAUGACCUUCGUAAUCCCUUCCAACUCUACAGUUCUAUGGUUACUUAACCUACUGCAAUGAUUCUAAUCUCUGCCAUUUCAGCUGCUGGAACUAUCACUAUCAUGUUGGAAAAGCACUACUUUGCAGAGCAUCGUCUUCACUUUUUAAAGAUAUGAGCCUGCUCAUACGUAACCUGCAGAGAGCCAUCCCUAUCAGGAGAGUGCCGCUUCGCAAGAAUAUAGAACAAAUCCGUCGCAUUUUGGGUGUGCAGCAGUUUGAUCUUGGUGUUAUCUGUGUUAAUAACAGACACAUACAGCUGCUCAACAGAAACUACAGAUGGAAGGAUAGCCCUACUGAUGUGUUAUCUUUUCCUUUUCAUGAGGUAAACAUUUUGCUUACGAUUCUCCAGUUCAGCAACAGUCUUAUGAGGCUUGUCUUGAACAGGAACAAGACAAUAGGACAUAUUACAAAACGUGUCAAGGCUUCAAGUACAUGUGGGUAAUUGGGGGCUUUUGAUGGACCAAUCAUACUUGUUAAGACUUGAGGACAACACAGAAGCUGCAUAGAAAUAUUUAAAUUUGGGGGAGAUGAAGGCCUGUGGCUUCUUUAAAACAAAUAGCCUGCUUCUGUAUAAGCAAUGCUCAUUUGUAAGAAUAAAGUGAUAUAUCAUUUGUAUUACCAGGUCCAUUCUUCAUCAUUCUUUUUAACCACCAUUGGAAAGUACUUCCAUAUAGUACUUUGUUAUGCUUAUAGCUUUACUUUCCCACAAUUCAUCCAAAUAAUCCUACAAUGUAAGAUACUAAUUCUGCUCUACAGCUAAGAAAGCACUGUUCUAAAUGUUCUUAUUUCAAUAAACCCCAUGGAAUAAGUAUGUUUAAGAGUGCAGCAAUGCAACCAUAUCACGUGUUGUUCAGCAUGAUCUGCUCCAAAGUACACUUAUUUAUUUAUGUACAUAAUUUAAUAUAUUGUCCCUGAAUCCAUUUGGAACUCUCAGGAUAGCUUACAGUGUAAGAACAACAAAGAAAAUAUAAAGUACAUUUGCAUACAGUGCUUCAGUCCUAAGUAUAUUUAAUUAGAAGCCGCACUAAAAUCAGUUUACUUUUGAAUAAACAUGGUUAGGAUCGUGCUGCAAAGCUGAUAAUUUCUGGCCCACACAAUAAGAAUGUAGAUAAAAACAGACCAUUCCAGUUUCCUGGCCCAGAGGCAAUCACACGACCUCCAUUAGUCGCAGGGAGCUUAGAAAUCAAUAUUGUGUUUCAACAUAUGUCAUCUCUGCAUUAAUACCCAUUGUGAACGUUCAAAAAAGUUAUGGAACUUUGAAAAUAUAUAUCUGUAACUUUUGGAUCAUAGUUUGGGCCUGUUCCCUUCACAGAAUCUGACAGCAGGGGAGCUGCCUCAGCCUUGUGCUCGAGGUGAAUACAAUUUGGGAGACAUUUUUCUUGGAGUAGAACAUAUCUAUCAAGAGUGUGAGGAGAAUAAGGAAGAUUUCUACAGUAUUCUUACAGUAAGUAUAUGUUUACUAAUUCAGUUAUCAUGCUACUUAAGUUGGUUUUUAUCUUUAGAGUUCUAACAAGUUACCCUAAAACUUGCUUGGUCUUCUCAAUUUACAAAAGAAGCUUCUUUUAUUUCCCCUCUUCAUUCUAGCAUUAUGUAUACUAUUAGAUUUUCACCCCCCAAAAAAAACAUUGCAGGCAUAUUUUGUUUCAUCUAAGCCAUUGUGCUACUUCAUGAUCUUAAUGUCAAGGGAAGGAAAACUUUGCUCCCUAAGACUCUCUGCACAACUACAGCUGCUAGCCACAGUUGCCCUAGGACUGCAGAACCAAAGGAAUGCAUCAGUCAGGGCACCAAGGGCAACUGUGCCCCUGCCUCCAAUGCUAAGAGCUUGCUUCCUUACCCACACCCUCAAAUGGACUCCUGGAGUUCUGUGUCCAAUUGUGGGCACCACAAUUUAAGAAGGAUGUUGACAAGCUGGAAGGUGUGCAGAGGAGGGUGACCAAGAUGAUCAAGGGUCUGGAAACCAAGCCUUGUGAGAAAUGUUUGAAGGAGCUGGGUAUGUUUAGCCUGGAAAAGAGGAGACUGAGAGGGGAUAUGAUAGGCAUCUUCAAGUACCUAAAGGGCUGUCACAUGGAAGAUAAAGCAAGCUUGUUUUCUCCUACUCUGGAGGGUAGGACUUGAACCAAUGGCUUCAAGUUACAAGAAAGGAGAUUCCAACUAAACUUCAGGAAUAAAUUUCUGAUGGUAACAGCUGUUCAGCAGUGGAACGGUCUCCCUCUGGAGGUGGUGGACUCUCCUUCCUUCAAAGUUUUUAAGCAGAGGUUGGAAGGCCACCUGUCAUGGAUGCUUUAGUUGAGAUUCCUGCACCGCAGGGGGUUGGACUACAUGACCCCAGGGUCCCUUCCAACUCUACCAUUCUCUGAUUCUGUACCACAGUAUUAUCACAGGGUUGUUGUGAGGAUAAAAAUGGAGGGGGAAGUACGCUAUCUUGAGCUCUUUGCAGCAAAGGUGGGAUAUAAAUGUAAUGAUAAAUAAAUAAAUAAAUAAGAUGGGUGAUCUCUGAAAAGUAAACAUCUUGGCUGGUUGUCUCGUUCCUCUCCUCUGCAACACAUUUCUUUAGUGUGCAUAUUGUAGCCUUGCCUUCCACUUGGUUUCCAAUUAAGACACAUGACAAGUGAAGAAACACAACUGAAUUUCAGUAAAAGACUGAACAAAUAUCUUUUGCUUUCUAAAGCAAGCCUGCUUAUUCUUGAGACAUGCGCCAGUGACUUCCAUGAAAUGAAUUCCAAGUAACUUGGUAGCAAAGCCUAGCCCUAAAACCAUGGAAGAGAAUUAUAAUGAGCUAAGUCAUCUGUUCAUUAUUUUGUUUGUUUCCAAUAAAAUGUGAUCCUUGAACACGGAGGGCAGAAGUGAAACUCUGAAAUAUUUUCCCCCUUGCACAGGUAACAGUUGCUCAUGGCAUGUGCCACUUACUUGGCUAUAAACACAGCACAGAAGCAGAGUGGCAGCAGGUGAGUGUUUUCCUUUUGAUGAGCAAUUUCACUGCAUGCACCCUAAUAUCUGAGCAGCGGGAGACUCAGGGUUUAAUUGUUUGGAACAAAGGUCAGCGGAGACUCUGUCUUUAGGAUGGCUUUAUUUACACACUUACACACACACACACACACACAAAACGAGGAUAGUAUAGAAGGACUCUUAGCGUUAGCAUUCCAACAGCUAUUGCCUCCCCACUAAGUUUCCAAGGUGAAGAUCCCAAAGCCAGUUUUCAAUUCUGCACACAGUGGCAGUCAAGCUUCUGUGUCUCCUCUGCUUCCAGCUUCAACCAAACUCACACAGAGCAGCCCCAACUAUUGUUCUUCUACUUUAAAAAAGAUGCCGCCUCGAGCCAGGUGAGAGUGUGUGGACAGCCUAUCCUCUCUUGGAAAGCAGCAUUACCCAGUUGUCUCUAUGGUAACACAGCUGACUCUUCAGUCACGUAGAUGAGGGUGUUAAACAAGACCAGCAACUUGACAAACUGUUUUGACCAGUUCAGCAGGCUCCUUCCUGCAGAGGCCUCUAUUUUGUAGAUAUAAAACCACAAGUUUCAUUGGGAUCCAUAGGCAUUAUCCAAACCAAUCCCCCAUCCUAUAAAAAUAUUAAUACUUGAUUCAUCAACUUGAUUCAUCUGCAGAUGCCCUAGCAUAUUAAUUGGGUGAGAAAACAUAAAUUUUAUGUACCCUAUGUGCAGUGUAAGUGACAAAUUCAUGAAGGGAGUCUGUAGCGCAACAGAUCCGUGCAUCUGGCUGUUAACAAUAAGGUUGGUGGUUUGAGCCCAGCUGCGGUCAGGAUUCCUGCACUGCAGGAAGUUGGACUAGAUGACUGUCAGGAUCCCUUCCAACUCUAUAAUUCUAUUCUAUGAUUCAAAUUUUGUAAGAUGACAUUGUUGUGUUAUUUGGAAGGAAAUGUAUGCAAUCACCAUUGCCUUACCUCUUUUUCAGAUGUACGAAAAGGAAGCACAAAUUCUUCUGGAGCUAAACAGAUUGUCAGACACAAAUUUGCAACCACUGACCAAACACCACUUCUAGGAGCCAUAUUUGUAUGUUGGCUCAGAAAUAAAAGAAAUGAAAGUUCAGUUUUUUUCCGUUAUUUGUGGGUUUUGCUAUCAAGUCCCCAAACAGAAAUAUAGUAAGAAUGCAACUUAAGCUUGUUUUGCAAAAUAAUGAUUUCAUUGGAAUGGGAAAUAAGGAACCUAAUGAAGAAAAUGAGGAAGACCUUAUACUACCAGUCCUACUACUAAGAGCCAUCAGGCAGGAAAAUACGAUUUCAUCUUUCAGUUUUUUUAAAAACGACAUCUUGGAUUUCUCUCUUUGAAACAGAUCAUAUUGAUCCAUUGGUAAGGCUACAAAUGUCACUCUGCAACAAUUUAGUUGGGGUCUGGGCAUCUUACCUCUUGCCUUCCUCCUCCCCACUGUUUGCAAAAUUGUUUUAUGCAACAACACAUGUCCCAUUAUAUCCUUUUGCAGCUGCCUGGCAUUGUUCAGAUCUCAGAUGUGCUCAACUUUCUUUGGGUUAUGCCCUGCCAUCAGGAUGAGGGCAUGAAUGUAGAAAUUGGGCUAUCGGAGCAAAUAGCAGCUUCCGACUUUAAUAAUGAUGAUGAUGAUCAAAUAAGUACAGAGCAAUUUAUUGUAUAUCUCACCUCCCCGAAGCAAUAAGUUCUAUAUAAGUACAGAAUUGGUGGUUACAGUAUACUUCUUGAAUACAAAAUGUAGCUAUUCUCUCCUCAUUUUCUUCUGGUUUAUCAGCUAAACUUGGGAAGCAGUAGAGAAUAUCGAGGACUGGACAGAGGGAGAAAAUUCAUCAUUGUUGUUAUUAUUAUUAUUAUUCAUGGUUUUGGGGUUGUUUAUUUUAAAAACUGACCUGCUUCUAUGCUCACAGGAAAAUUAUUGAAGGAGGGGAAGGGCAGAGAGUUAGAGAGGAGGAGGAAAGAGUCGCCCUGUUGAUUUGUUUGCAACUUCAAAAACACAGCCCAUUACUCAGGAAAAGAAACCCAUGAAUACCUGAAUGUAGGCAGGCGCACACAGGCACAGCGUGAAGACUUGACACAGAGAGGAACCCCACACGGUUUCCCCGCACGUAACGUAACAGGCAGGGAGCCAGCUCAGAUAGAGAGAAAGGCAGCAACCAUUUUCUUCCCUUUUUAAGCGCCGCUUCCCACACACCCCAACUCUCCUCCUGUGUGUUCCAGGGUUUGGGUCCUGAGUUGAGGGAGCUUUUGCUCCUCUCCUUCCAGGUCCCCAACACAAUGGGACUUCCUUUUGAGCAGACAAGUCUAGACUUGCCCGAUAAACCGCAUUCUCGGGAGUGGUGUCUUGUGUCUGUGUGUGUGUGUGAGAGAGAGAGAUAUCGCAUGUUACAAUGGUGCAGCCAGCCGUGGUUAUGUAGUGCCACAAUUUCUUACAAGGGAGUAUGAAAUUCCAAUUUUCAGUACGUGUCCUUUGUGCUUAGGGAAUUAAUCUGCCUUGAAUAUAGAAAAUAUUAAUCUUUAGGCGGCUUCCAUCAGAUAUAGGUACGCCUUCACUAAGGAGCGUUAUUAAAUCCAGUAGGUCUGCGUCAACAUACUGCAUUUGCAGCGCCGCCCCCAAAGUGACCCUUUAAAUCCACUUGACAGUCCAGCUGUAGGUGCUCAUCUUCCAGGCCGAAUGAAAGGCGCACCCACCGAUCCCGCUUCCUUC